GAUCGAUACGUAUUUUCAAAAUAUUUAUUCACUAGUAGUUGUUCCAGUGUAAAUGUCGAUAUACAAAUACAUAUAUUAAAAAAAAUGUCUCAAGUUCGACAAAAUUUCCACAGGGAUUGCGAAGACGGUAUUAAUAAGCAAAUUAAUACCGAAUUAUAUGCUAGUUAUGUGUAUAUGUCAAUGGCGUGUCAUUUCAACAGAGACGACGUGGCUUUACAAGGUUUCUAUAAAUAUUUCAAGGAGGCUUCAGAAGAAGAAAGGGGCCACGCAUAUCGCCUAAUGGAAUAUUUAAAUAAACGAGGGGGCAAAGUCGUUUUGAAUGAUGUUAAAGCACCCGAAAAACAAGAAUGGGGAUCGGCUGUGGAAGCCAUGACGGACGCUUUGAAUUUAGAAAAAGAAGUCAACGAGUGUUUAUUGAAUUUACAUAAUACCGGAUCCGGUCACAUGGAUAUAAAUCUGUGCGAUUUUUUGGAAACGCAUUAUUUGCAGGAACAAGUGGACGCUAUAAAAGAAAUUGGGGAUCACGUUACGAAUUUGAAGAGAGUCGGGGAAGGGUUAGGGGUGUAUAUGAUGGAUCAAAGAUUGGGGGAAGGAUCUACGCAGGACUAAACUGGUUAUUUCGAUAUGUUUCGAUAGCGAUAUUAUAUUGAUUGAUUUGGAAAGAGAUUUUGGUUUUUUUGGCUCUAAAAAAUCGGAAAAUAUCUCAUUUUGUGCGUUCUUAAAUGUUAUUUAUUAUAACCUGACUUUUUUCUGAAUAUUAACCAAAAAAAUUUUUAGUGCUUAGAAAUUUAAUCGCGUGAUAUAAUCAAAUGUAGUCAAUACUAAUAUAAAUAUAAUUUAUUAUUAUUUUUAUGAAUUUUAUGUAUAUUUUAAAUAAAAUAUUCCACAGGU